CGCCGUCUUACACACACACAUUUUUCCCUUCGUCCUCUUUCUUCACCUUUAUGGCGCUGUAACCAAGACGGGAUUAAGCAGCCCCGUCGAGUCUCAUAGCAUCUGGAUGAAAUGCUUUUUGACACAGCAGCAUCAAUGAGGACAGACUCACAGCUCAAGAGUCAACAUGCCACCCACAUCUCAGGCUCACUGAGAGAAUGGGAACUGGAGUGCAGACCUGUUAGUUAAAUCGUUUUCUUGUUGUCUUUUUUUCUUUCUGCAUCGUACGUCUCUUCUUGUUUGCUAUUUCGGUCGGGCCUACAUGCGCUGUUUCAGCAUUAUGUAGGAUAAGAAUUGGAGCGGUGUGUAUUUUUCAUUUUACGGACAAGUACCUAUGAAAAACCCCCCUCAGACGACAGAGCGGCAAGGCAUGAAGGAACAGGCUAUGUCAACGUAGUGAGUAGGAUUCUGAAUGCUACACGGUUAUAAAUACAAACAACAGUAUGCUGAAGAAUGCUACCAGGACGAUGACAUUCAUCAUAUUUCAAUGAGAAGCCAAGGCUGAACAUAUGUAAUAUCCCUUUAGGGCUCAUUGUCCUCAUUUUGGGAAACGUCACAGUGCAGAGGUAGGAGGUACUUUACAACUCCUGGUUUAUAUGUAGCUGGUUUUGUCUUGGAAAUGGCACACUGACUCUUACACUAGUGCCAUUUUUGUCAGCUUUAACUCCUGCUGUGGAGUAUUUUGCAACUUCAUGUGUUUUGUUCAUUUCAACCGUGGCAAAAACCGUCCUCUGUUUGGUUUCAGACACUUCACCUAAGCUGUAAAAAAAAAAACAGUCCUUAUAAACUGUUGGAGAAAAGGAGGAAAGUGACAUCUCUAUCAUUCUGAAGUCAACCUGCCACAGCUGAUCUGUGUUAUUCUCCUCCAGCAAAUGAAAAGCCCGUGAUGGCUUGGUCUUGGCUGGGCACCUCAUUUGGUCAUAUUGAUCCCAUCCGCGCUGUUUGACUUUGACUGAGAGUGAUGUAUGACCUGUGCACUCGGCCUGAGCAGCCCGAGCCUGCACCGGCACCCGCAGAGAUGGAGAGCCGCGAGGAGGCCGAAGCUCCUGGACGACAACAGCCGGAGUUCAGGAGGUCGGAAGAGCAGGUUAAUACCCAACAUGGGCUCUUGGACAAGGCGGUCCCGACCACGGCUAAUGUCACUUCAACAUCAUUGUUAGGAAAGAGGCACCACUCGCUGUAUGCAAACCUCAAUGGUUUUGAAGUGGAAGGGAUACGUAAGAAUGGUACUGACUACGGGUUCCUGGUACGUCAGAACUCUGAACUCUUGCGAGCCCUUGAUGAGCUGGAGAAGACUUGCACCACACUGAGGGAGGAGAAUGGCCUGCUGCGGAAGAGCAGCGCCCCAGAGACAGAGGAGAAGGUCAGGCGGCUGAGGAGGAAGAACACAGAACUGGCUGUUCUUGCUAAGAGGCUUGAAGAGAGAGCUCGAAAACUGCAGGAGGCCAACCUCAGAGUGGUGAAUUCCCCGUCACUGAUGAGACCCGGCUCAGUGGAACAGUACAAGAGGGCGUUUGCCCGUCAGCGAGCUCGCGACCUCGCCCAGCACGCUGAUGCACUGUUGUCUAAGGACAAAGAGAUCGCUGCCCUACAGCAGGAGUGCAGAGAGCUGGAGGCACGACUGGGAACCACGAAGGGCUCCCCGGUUCCAUCUGGCAGAGUGGAAUUCGAGAGGCUUCUCAGGGAGUCUCAGAGGGAGGUGCUGCGGCUCCAGAGGCAGCUGUCCGUCACGUCGUCCACCCAGCAGCACAACCAUAGUCCCGACCCCAGUGGCCCCGAGAAGUAUGGCGAAACUGAGAGGGAGGAGGGGCAGGAGAAGGUUGUAGGAGAGACCCCGUGUGUGGCAUUAGAUGAAGCUCCAUCCAGGUGUGAGAGGACUCCCGGAGAGGAGGAGGAGUCGGGGCAGCGAGUGACGCCCUCACCGGGCCUCAGCCCGACCCCCUCCCAUCAGGAGGAACACACAGAGGAGCAGCACCUACAGUUUCUGGAAAGUGAGCUGAGCAAGAAGAGAAAAGAAUGUGAAAACCUUGAGCAUGAAGUAAAGAAGCGACAGAAGAGAUGUCUGGAUUUGGAGAGCCAGCUUGAGGAUGAGCGAGGCAAAAAUGAGCAACUAAAGGAGGAGGCAGAUCUCCUCAGGAGGAAGGCACAGCUGCUCGACCAGACUCGGGCUGAGAAUGAGGAGCUGAGGGAAGAUCUCUCUGAAGUGACCGCUCAACACAAUUCAGUUCUCGAGGAGAACCAGAGACUCCGUGCCAAACUGGAGAACCUAGAGCAGGUCCUAAAGCAUAUGCGAGAGGUCGCCGAGCGAAGGCAGCAGCUGGAAUUGGAACAUGAGCAGGCACUGGCUAUCCUUAAGUUCAAACAGGAUGAAAUCAAACGGUUACAGCGGGCUCAGUUAUUCGCCAAGAGGGAGCAUGAAGGAGUGGUUCAGAUGCUGGAGGAUUUGACUCAGCUUGUGUUGCGGAGGGAGCUGUCAAAGGUGCGAGAGCUGGAGGAGAAAUGUCGCAGCCAGAGCGAACAGUUCGGCUUGCUGUCCCAAGAGUUGGAGAAGUUUCGUCUGCAGGCCUCAAAGGUGGACCUGGCCGGCUCUAGCAUCCUCAACAAUCCAAGCCUCUCUGUUCUGACCAAUGGGGUGGGCCUGACUACAGAGCGAGACUGCACUGGUGGCUCAUGGGAUAUGGUGUCUCUGGGUGAAAUAGCCUUCUGGAGUCUCGAGGGAGGUGACACUCUGUCAUGCCCCGAGGGUAAUGAUCCGCUCGAUGUGGCCGCUGCUCUGCGGAUGGGGGCCACCCCCCACGCCGCUGGGCUGUCCAGGGUGGAGCGCUCGCCCGUCACCAAGCACCGAGAGCUGCCCACCAUCAGCGUCAGCAAGUCAGGCUCUUCCUCCAGCAAGUCAGAGACCACACACCUCACCCCCAAGUCUGACACCCACCUCAGUCCGCACAAAUCAAGCCCAACACAUGAGGUGGACACUGCCAGUGAAGUAGAGGAGCUCGACAUUGACGUGGCCCCGGCACCUUACACGGCGAGCAGAGGAGCCGCGAAGCUUCAGGUUUUCAUUGCAAGAUAUAGUUACAAUCCUUAUGAUGGUCCCAACGACAACCCUGAGGUGGAGCUGCCACUUACUGCUGGAGAAUACAUCUAUGUGUAUGGAGACAUGGAUGAUGAUGGCUUCUAUGAAGGUGAGCUGAUGGACGGACGGAGAGGGCUGGUCCCCUCUAACUUUGUAGAACGUGUAUCGGACGAUGACGUCAUGAGCACUCACCAUCCAGAGACAGGGGACAUGUCCCAUAACUCCCUGCUAGACAGCAGCCUGCACAGUGCCAGCCACCAGCAUCACCUCCACGUAGGCGCCAGCGCCUCAGAAGUGACAGAGGCCUCCGCUGCCUCUGGCCCUGCCUCAGCCCCCUCGGAUUCAGCAUCGGCCUUGGCUGUCCCAGCCCCCCUCACCAACGGCCUGGACUUGGAUUUGGAGGAGGUGGGAGUGGACAUUGUGCCUUACCCACGUAAGCUCACCCUCAUCAAGCAGCUUGCCAAGAGCAUCAUCAUUGGCUGGGACCCUCCGCUGGUGCCGGCUGGGUGGGGCAAUGUGUGGAGCUAUAAUGUGUACGUGGACCAGGAGCUGCGGUUCAAUGUGCCCUUCGGUGCCCAAACCAAAGCAGUGCUGGAGCGGCUGGACAUAAACCUCAAGGCCUACCGCGUGUCAGUGCAGAGCCUGACAGAGAAGGGCCUCUCGGACCAGCUGCGCUGCAGCAUGCUGGUCGGUCGGGACGUUUGUGUGGCGCCCACGCAGCUGCGCGUGGAGAGGAUCACCGCCACCUCUGCCAACCUGACCUGGCUGCCCAGCAAUAGUAACUAUGUGCACAUUGUGUCCUUGAAUGAGGAGGAGUGUGAGCUGGUGAAGGCUGGCUGCUACUCGCUGUGCCUCAAUAACCUCUUGCCCAGCCUGCAGUACACAGUCAAAGUGGAGGCACGGCCGCACCGCACACCAUGGGAGUUACCUGUGGAGCGACGUGAACACAGAAGCACUACAAUCACCUUCACCACGCUGAUGGCAGGUCCCCCUGAUGCUCCUCUGGAUGUGCAGCUGGAGCACGGCCCCUCUCCGGGGAUCGCCCUCAUCAGCUGGCUGCCGGUCACUAUAGAUGCAGCCGGGACCUCCAAUGGAGUGCGUGUCACUGGAUACACGAUAUACGCUGAUAAGAAAAAGGUGCUGGAGGUGUCUUCCCCAACAGCCGGCAGUGCUCUGCUGGGCCCCUCUCAGAUCCAGUCCCUGCAGGCAGCUCAGGAGCUCACUGUCCGCACCAUGUCCGCCCAUGGGGAGUCCUGUGACUCUUUGCCAGUCAAUGUGCCCUCCAAGCUGGCUGCCAUCAUGGCAGGCCCAGCUAUCACUGCCCCAGUUGUGCCACCCCCCCUACCCUGCAGCCCAAUAGGUCCCAGUAACAUGCCCUCACCGCCGUCCUACAUAAACUCUGCUGCCAAAGUCUCCAUGCUGCCCAGCACUUUGCCACCAGACACACACAACACUGGCCUCACAGUGGAGGCUGCUGCCAACCCUCCUCAUGCUCUCCACUCAGAAGGUCUUCUCUCAUCUGCCUCAUAUGUGAAGGCCUGGGCCAACCCCUCAUCUGCUGCUGCCUUGGCUGUGUGUGAGGCCACAUUACCAGGUGCCCCCACCAUCACUCCAAUGGUUAAUGUGACCUCCCCCACCACUUCAGCACCCCAACCAUCUCCAGUAGCAGCACCUGCACCGGCACCGGCAGCAGCAGCAGCAGUGUCGGAGCAGCACAGAGACACCGACAGCCCUGGAACGAUACGUCCUUUCCCAUCCAUCACAGACUUCAUCGAGGACCCCAGUGCCAAGCUCGGGACCCCUGAGCGCAUCCCUACCCCGCCCAAAGCCCCGAUCACAGACCUCCUUAACCCUCAGGAAACUAACCUCCAUCGACCCCCCAGCACCUCCCCGCUGGAGUCAGAGGUAGAGGAGGAGCGAGAGAAUACCCGCCUGGUGUCCAUCGAAGAGUUCUUGAGACAGGACCAGGAGCCGGCGUACUGCGGGAGGCAGCAGAGUUAUGGCAGAGGGCUUGUGGAGCCUCCCAGUGACUACCAUGCAGACAACAGCCGAUCAGACCUGUCUGACAUCCUGGAGGAGGAGGAGGAGGACCUCUACUCCGACCACCUCGGAGAAGUCCAGGCCAGGGGCUACAGAGUUGGAGCUAACAGGUCAUGCAAGAUGGAGCCUCCAGACAGUGAUGAGGAGGUUCUUGAGAGGAUCCUUAAGUUGCCCCCUCAGGUCUACCACAGCAAGCAGCUGUUCAGCAUCCCCGAGGUGACGGAGGAGGAAGACAGCAGUCAAGAAGAGCCUUUAAGCCACCGCAGGCCCAGGCAUAGCCACCUUCACCCCAGAGACUCAGAGCGCCUCCAUCAUGUCCCCCAGCAUCACCAACAUCACUCCAACCCCAACCCACACCCACACGUCCCCCAGCACCAUCACCACUUCAACAGGGAUCCCAGAUCCCUAACCAAAGAGCCUUUACCCAGACACGGACCCUUGCAGGUCAAGCCUAAGACGCAGCACAGGGUGCACUACGCAGACACAGUGGACACUAUGAGUUAUCCUGAAGAAGACAUGAGUUUAUAUGAGGGUCCCAGCAGCAGGCGGGUCUCAGCCCGCUGUCCUCCCCAGCCGACCCCCAACAGAGGAGACAGAGUACUGCUCAGAGGGCUAGGGGACCGCCUUAGGAGGGAGGCCAUGCUGAGGAGUCAGAUGGCUGUCGCCGCGGCAGCCAGCCUCAGCCAUGGCCCUACCCCGCCAAGACCCUACCCGGUCAGCAAAACAGUACGGACUCUGAGGGCACCUGUUGGUCGUGGGGUGGAGAUCGACGUGGAGUACGGCACAGAUGAUAACGAGGAACCUGCGGAGUACAGUCCUGGGGAGGUGGUGGUGGAGCAGAUGAGCUCUGAGUGGUGGGUGGAGGGGGCUCAGACGGAGCACUGCAGGCCUCCUCACCGCCGAGGCCUGAAGGCCGAUCCGCUGGUAAACGUCGCUGCAGGCCAGCCGCAAUGGGAGCCCGGCCAAAUCCCUCCUGCUGAGGCAGGUCCAUCGUGGGGAGGCCAGGCUGAGCUCUCUUCUAAACCAGUGUGCUUGCAGGCCAGGCAACUCAAAGGUGGUGUUGAUUCACCAAAGAUGAAAGGAGACAGUGACAUACGCAUCUUUGUGGCCCUCUUCCCUUAUGAUCCCAUCACCAUGUCUCCCAAUCCUGACGCUGCUGAGGAGGAGCUGCCCUUCACUGAAGGACAGAUCAUCAAAGUUUACGGAGAUAAAGACGCAGACGGGUUCUACCAGGGGGAGUCGGGUGGUCGUCUGGGUUACGUGCCAUGUAACAUGGUGUCUGAGAUUCAGGUGGAGGAUGAGGAGACCCGGCAGCAGCUGCUGCAGCAGGGCUUCUUGUCCACAGCGGCCUCCAUGGAGAAGAUAGGCACUCGCACACACGCACAGCUUCCACGUCGCCCUGUUCCACCGCCGAAACCGAGACGAUCCAAGAAAGUGGAGUCUGCAGCACUCUGGGAGGAGAGCGUAGACUCCUCCAGCCAAGAUCCCAGCCAGACAGCUGCUGUAGCGGCUUCAGCUGCUGCAGCAGUCGCUGCAGCUGCGGCGGCGGCACCUGCAGGUAACCCCGCCCCAGGAGCUCGCAGGAUGGUCGCCAUCUUUGAUUAUGACCCACGAGAGAGCUCCCCCAACACUGACAUAGAGGCUGAGCUGACCUUCAGUGCAGGAGACAUCAUACAUGUGUUUGGUGACAUGGACGAAGAUGGCUUCUUCUACGGAGACUUGAAUGGACACAGAGGCUUAGUGCCCUCCAACUUCCUGCAGGCGUUACCAGAGGAAGCUCCAGCAGAACUUGUCUCCGCUCCGCCUCCACCAGAACCCAAGAAGGAAUCACAGGAUCCUGGGACGUCGUCUACAGAGCCACAACAUCCCCAACGCUCGGCAACAGAAGAAUCUUUGCACGCCCAAACAGAACCUCCUCUCCCUGACCCAACAGAGUACACACACCUAGCACCCAAACCGGCACCCACUGCAAGCCCCGCAUCAGCCCUGGACCCUGCUCCAGGUCCAGCUGUUUCUCCAGCUGCAGUGGAGGCCUGCGGCUCCCCUCCAGCCCCCCUCCCAGCAGACAGCCCCACAAAGACAGACUGCUCUGCACAAGGCAAGAAGAAGAAAGGCUUUUUCUCCAAAGGCAAGAAGCUGUUCAAAAAGCUGGGAUCCAGCAAGAAAGAGUGAGAGUCGGGACUUCUGCCUCAGGAUCCUGGCGUCAAAUUCAAAGCACUUUUUCUGUCACUGUUAGUCUCAGUUGGUAGUUGGUGCAGUUAGUGUUUAUGAGAUCUAAUACCUGAUGAGUUAACCGUUAGUAAUUAUACAUUUGCCUUAGAGCACUGCUAGACCAGCUGUUAAAUAUAGUAAUCUCAAAUAUCAACAUUCAGCUUACGGCAUGUAGAGGUGCAUGUUGACAUGCGCAAACUCACACAUAUACUCUCUGAAUACUUCCUGAUUAUCUAAGAUUUCCCACUCAUUAGAGGCUUCAGUGCUUGAUCAGAUUUAUGUAGAACAGUCUGGUACAAAAUGAUGCUGAACAGCAGCUCCAGACUUCAGCCCAACUCAGACACAGCUAAUUAAGUAUUAGCUUUAAUGCUCAUGUACUGGUGCCACUUUAUUUAUCUGAAGCAAACCAAUAGAAGCUGCAGUCUAUCUCUUCUGUGUCACUAUAAAAAAAAUGCACUAUCCAUCCUGAAUGGAUGAAUUUUAAAUAUGUCUGCGAGUCCCUCAUAUGUGUUUAUUGUCUUUAAGAGUAUUUAUACAGUACUUUGUACAGAACAUGUUAUUUAUUUGUAUCAGACUCUUGCCCUCGUCACCACCACAUUGCAUGAUGGGACAUCAGGGUCAUACGAAGCUGUCGGAGACAGUGAUGAUCCACUUUGAUAUGUGUAGUUUAGAUUUCAUUUGGGGUCAUGACUGUUAGUUGAAGUGGAACAUAGUGUUAAAUGUAAAGAAUGUGGAGGUGUGUGUGUGUGUGUGUGUGUGUGUGUGUGUGUGUGUGUGUGUGUGUGUGAGUGUGUGUGUGUGUGUGUGUGUGUGUGUGGAUGAGGCUGCCCUGUCCACUGGUGAGACUGAAAACAGACGAUGCCUUUCUCAGACAACUCUCGGUGUUUGUGACCUCAGUCACAGCUGGCCUAAAUGUUGCAUACUGUAUAUUUUGUGUGUGUGUGUGUGUGUGUGUGUGUGUGUGUGAGUGAGAGAGAGAGAGAGAGAGAGAGAGAGAGACCUGUAGUGUUUGUAAUAUGAUGUAGUGUCAGGUGAUAGGGAGGCUGCUCUGUUAGCUUAAAGGGCUACUAACGAUUAAUCAGUUAAUCUUUUCAGUCAAUAAAACACAGUGACAAAUGUUUGACAGAUUUGCUUAAACAAUUAACAUAUAAUGAUAAUAUCUAAAGAGUUGUGCAUUAAUUCUCUCCUGACUGACUAAUCCGGGGCUUUUCAAAGUCGGACACUGUGGUUUACCAUAGACAACUGCCCCACUAACAGCCCCACCCUGCCCUGAAGAUGAAAACAGUUUUUAAUCUGUCUGUUCACAGGACAAAUAUCUGUGGACGACUGGGCAGAGGAGAGAGUGGAUGAGACUGAGCCUUAAUACUGUCAAAUCAAUAAUGAAAAAAUAUAUCGGCAUGUCAGAAAAUAAAGCAACAUGAAAAAAAUGUCAUAUUAAUAGAUUUAGUGACUCUUGUUUCUAGUCUUUGUCUUACUUCUGUUUGGGGUUAACCAUGCUGUAAGUUUUACAGAUGUUAUAAUUGGAUGGGAGUGAGAGACAAAAAAACUCACCCACAUGUUGCCAUGAAGUCUGUUAUUCAGCUGCUGGCAACAACUUGACACCGUUUGAUCACCUCUGGACUAAUUGAUUAACCGACUAAUCAUUGCUGCUCCAGCUGAUUUAUCCUGUGAGACUCUACAGGCCUGAUGCUAGAGUUAGCAGUUAGCAGCCUGAUGCUAAACACGCAGCUCUCCCUCUGGUUUGAACGCAGUGACACUGUAUUUUAAAGGGAGCAGUUUUCAGCUGUACUGAGACAGACUGCAAUAAGUUGUUUUUGUAUGUCUUUUCUUUUGCCUCCACGUUGGGAGUGUAACGACGCUCGGCUUGUGGUGUGUGAACACUGGGUCACACAGGUGAAAACAGUGCAGCAACACCUUCAUCAGCCCGUGCAGUGUAGUGGUGAUUCCUUCUGUUAGCAUCCUGACAUUAUAGACUGUUUUAGUAUAAACCCCCUCUAGCAAUAUAGCGUAUUGUGCACUGCAGUACUAGAACAAUAGAACCAUGCAGUAUCUCUGAAUGCUUUGUGACGGCUUUACUUCAGUGCAGGUGUAUGAAUAUAUCAGCGUGGAUGUGAAUGUGCGGACCAGGCCUUAGUAUUCACGUGCAGUGACUGUUCACUCAGCCUGGUUGGGUCUCCUCUCUCCUCCGCGUCGACAUAGGGCUGUUGGGUAACUUCUCAGGUUUUUACUCGUAGUUUCUUAUUCAUGCUGAGCCACCUGUUGUUGACUCCGGCUGUCGAAAACUGCAGAAUAUGCCAAAAUCUUAGGUGCUUUGCCUGUUACCAUAGUGAUGAGAGACCAAGCAUCCAGCAGCACGAGGAUGAGUCGGGUGGGGGGUUGAAGCGUUGAUCGGACCUGACUUCAUCCGUGCUACUGAAGUUGCCCACACAUGGGUAGAUGGAGUCACAGCUGAUGACACAAGUUGGAGGCAGUUUAUUAUUUUUUGUCUGUAAUUGUCAUGAAUGUUGUAAUUGUUUGUCAGUGUUACAUGGCGGGAGCGUGAUGAUGCCAAGAAUAAAAGGCAGAUCGACACAGACACUUUAGAUGUGACGGAGCCGGGAAAGAGGCAAGACUGAGGCUGUACUGUACGUUCUGGUUUUGUUUUCUUUAUGUUGUUCUGUUUUUGUUCUAAAGGGGGAGUGGAUGCUCAAAAGUUGCCGAAAAUGUACAGCGAAUAUUUAUACUGAUCUUGUAUUUGACGGCCUUUAAUGCACAAGUAUUUCUCUACCUGCUGUGUAGUGAGUAGGCGGCGCCACUGUUGACUGAAUAGGACCUAGACCCGUGUAGGUGUUUUAGCUCAGCUGAUCUUAUUUAGCCUUACGAGAAGACCUUGUUUAGUCUUAAUAUGUUGUUUACAGGAUGUAUAUUGACUGCAUGCAUACCAAUGUUAUACCCAUGUUCGGCCUUAUUUAUGUUACUGUCAUAUUUCUGUUUUUAGGCUGAUCGUCUACAAUAUUUGAGUUGUAGAUUGUUGAUGCAGUGGAAACGAAGCUGUAGGAGCUUUCUGUAUAUAAUGAACAGUGUUGGGAGUUGUGGUAUAUUUUCAUACGCGCGGGAAACUUUUCUUUUUUUUCUUUUUCUUUUUUUUUUGUUGUUGUCUUUCCUGACCUGCAUUCAUUGUUUGAAACCAGUGGAAGAUUGACCUUUUUAUAUAUUACUGUUUUUAUUAUCCUUUUGGAAGCUCAUCUGUAAAUAUUUUUGUUAAUAUUGUUUUUCAGUUGUUGUUUGUUUUUUGCAUGUCCAGGCAGUGUGGAUGGAGGAACAUUAACUAAAGAUGUAGAACACAGAGGACUUGUUGACUUGAACUUGUGAUGGUUUCUUUCAAUAUGGAUCUUUUUACAGGAAUAAAGUAUGUAUAUUUUCACAGAAA